UUUCUCCCUCUAUCGUGAAGGGAAAAAACUGCUUGAGAGAUACUCCCUCAAGCCAUCAGGCCCAUCACUAUCAGAGUCUCACGGUCUCACCGACCCGCAUCGUCGUCGCCUCCCUCUCACCACCCUUACGGCCUCACUCUCACUCAGCUCCUCCAUGCGUUUCCACGUCCACCCCGCCGUCGACGCCAAGCCAACAUUCCUCCCUCUCUGAUCUGUCACCGCUCACCGUAAGACCGUGAGAGUGAAAUUUCCUCGGUUUGAAAAGCCAACGUCCACCUCUCUGGAGUAAGAAAUUGAUAGACAGAGAGAUGGAUAUUGAUGGGGUUAACGAAGAAGAAAAUUCAAGGCGAGUCCAAGUGCGGUUCGUGACGAAGCUCAAACCACCUAUGACAGUUCCUCCUUCGCCAAUUGCAAUCCCUAGUAAUCUCACAAGAUUAGGGCUUUCCACUCUUGUCAACAAUCUCAUCCAAAAUGGAAAUCCUGAUUGGAAUACUCAGCCCUUUGAUUUUCUCAUCGAUGGCGAACUCGUCCGAAUGUCCCUUGACAAGUUCCUUCUUGCCAAAUCCAUUUCUGCGGAAAAGAUAUUGGAAAUUGAAUACAUAAAGGCUGUGGCCCCAAGGAAAGAAGAAGAACCUUCAUUGCAUGAUGAUUGGGUUAGCUCGGUCGAUGGUUCAGAUCCCAGGUUCAUUGUGACAGGGUGCUACGACAGUUUAGCAAGGGUAUGGAAAGCCGCUGGAGAGUGCACACAUAUAUUGGAAGGACAUAGUGAUGUUAUUGCUUCUGUUGGUGUCAUCAACCGAAAAGGUGUAGAAGGUACUACUGUGGCCACUGCUUCUAAAGAUCGCACCCUGAGAUUGUGGAAGUUUGAUACAGAGGAUUCUAUAAAUAAUCCUAUCAGAAUCAGGGCAUUCAAAAUUUUGCGUGGACAUGCAAAAUCUGUACAAUGUGUUGCAGCACAGAAUACUGGAGAUAUGGUUUGUUCAGGUUCUUGGGAUAGCAUGAUCAAGUUAUGGCAGACAAAUGACUCACAAAGUGAUGGUGAUCUGGUGUCAAUUAAGAAGAGAAAAGGGAAUGAUCAAGCUGAUGAAUCUCAAUUGGAGGGUGAGGCUGUGUCUACACUUGUAGGCCAUACACAAUGCGUAUCGUCUGUGGUAUGGCCACAGCAGGAAACAAUAUAUUCUGCAUCAUGGGAUCAUUCUGUUAGAUUAUGGGAUGCCGAGACAGGCAAAAAUUCGUCGGACAUAUUCUGCACAAAAGUCCUCAACUGCCUUGAUGUUGGAGGUGAAAGUUCUGCUCUCAUUGCAGCUGGUGGUUCUGAUCCCAUUCUUAGGAUAUGGGAUCCUCGUAAACCAGGAACUUCUGCUCCGGUCUUUCAGUUCUCCUCUCACACUUCUUGGAUUUCGGCUUGCAAGUGGCAUGACAAAUCUUGGUUUCAUCUAGUUUCUUCAUCAUAUGAUGGGAAAGUUAUGUUAUGGGAUCUAAGAACUGCGUGGCCUCUAGCUGUCAUUGAGUCACACAAGGACAAGGUACUAUGUGCUGACUGGUGGAAAGGUGACAGCGUAAUUAGUGGUGGUGCUGACUCAAAGCUCUGCGUUUCUUCUGGAAUUUCUGUGCUGUGAGUGUCAGUCUCAUCUCAACUGUAGCGAUAAUCUGAUGUGGUCCAGUCAGCGCAAAGUUCGGUACUUGCAUUAUAAGGAAAAAAAAAAAAAUGGAAAAAAGAGAGGAAUUUAAUCAAUCGCCAAGAGUAUGAAGCACAUGGAUAAACCAGAGAACAUAGGGUUGGCCAGGGUUAAAGAGGCAAGGCUUUAUAUGUACCAUAUAAAUUUGGACUGAAUAUUUUUUAACGUUAUUAUUUUGAAUUUCCGUUAAGGUGGCAAAAUAUGAAUUUUUAGACUUGCCCACAUUUUUGUUGUGACCACUGACCAGAGUGGUAUGUAAGGUUUAGUACCGGAAAAAUGAAAAAUGAGUUUCAGUUGCCUUCA